AUGCCUACCCUCGAAACCUAUGAGGGUGCCUAUCUAUGGAACUACGUUCCAAGCCUUCCCCUUGCUGCAACGUUUGCUGGGAUAUUUACCCUCGCCACUGCACUUCACUGUGUUAAGCUCUACAAAACUAGACAUUGGUUUACAAUUCCAUUCUUGAUGGGUGGUUUCAGCGAAAUAAUUGGAUACGUUAGUCGAGCAGCCUCGACCUACAACACUGGAAACUUGGCAACUUACCUUAUUCAAGACAUAUUCCUCGUCAUUCCUCCACUCGGGUUCGCCGCAACGCUCUACGCUACAUAUUCUCGCAUUGUGAGGGCCAUUCAUGGUGAGGCCUUCUCACCAGUACCUAUCAGAUGGGCUACCUGGAUAUUCGUUGUUGGUGAUCUCACCUGCUUCUCAGUACAGGGCAACGCGGCCGGACUGCUCGGCAAUCCAGAUCUUGCCCUCACUGGCGACUACAUUAUUAUCGCCGGCCUGAUUUUGCAGAUCAUCGUUUUUGUUUUCUUCAUAACCUGCUGCGUGAUCUUCAACAAAAGAAUGAGAGUGCAUAUGGCAAAAACGGGGACAGUCUUUAAUCUUCCCUGGCAGUCUUGGUUCACUAUGCUCUACAUGACCUCUGCUGCCACACUGAUACGCAAUAUUUACCGGGUGGUGGAAUUCGUCAUGCAAGCUAUAGAUCAAGAGGGAUAUCUUCUUACCAAUGAAUGGCCUCUCUAUGUGUUUGACGCUGCUUUGAUGCUAUUUGUUAUGACCAGUUUUUACAUUUGGUAUCCGAACACGCUUCGAGCUCAAAUACGAGAGUCGAUGACAGAGCUCAGAUCAAACUCGACAUGA